UAUAUAGGGCAAAAGAUGGAGGCGGAGUGGCAUAUCCCGUCUUCUCCACCGAAUCCAAAAUCCGCCUCCCGUCUCCUCCCCUCCCUAUCCAUCACCACCCCUCGCCCAACUCCAAACCAAACACCUUGUGGGCGCGACCUCGCCGCGCUCGCCAUGCCGCCUCCCCUCUCCUUCCUCCACCUCGCCGCCAACCCCACCCCCCUCCACGCCUCGCCGCUUCGCCGCGCCCGCCUCCGCCACCGCCUCUCCCUCCGCACGGACCACCCGUCCCGGCGCGCCGUGGCGUCGGCGUCGGCGUCGGCGGGCGAGAACCCGUCCACCCCGGGGGGUCCUAUAGCCGACGUCGAGAUGGUCCGUGGCAAGGACGGCGUGUGGACGGCGCGGCCGCCGACGGUGGUGGUGCUGUGGGACCUCGACAACAAGCCCCCGCGCGGGCCGCCGUUCCCGGCCGCCACCGCGCUCCGCGACGCGGCGUCCCUCCUCGGCCGCGUCGUGUCCGUCUCGGCCUUCGCCAACCGCCACGCCUUCUCCCACGUCCCCGCCUGGGUCGCCGACGAGCGCCGGGAGCGCCGCGCCAUGGACCGCGCCGAGCGCGCCGGCGCCGCGUCCCCGCCCGUCCCUUACUCCUGCGCCGUGUGCGGCCGCCGCUUCCCCACCCGCCCCGACCUCACCCGCCACUUCCGCCAGCUCCACCAGCGCGAGCGCAACAAGAAGCUCUCGCGCCUCCGCUCCCUCAAGGGCAAGAAGCGGCAGAAGUUCCGCGAGCGCUUCAUCUCCGGGAACACCAAGUACGACGACGCCGCGCGGGAGCUCCUCACCCCCAAGGUCGGGUACGGCCUCGCCGCCGAGCUCCGCCGCGCCGGCGUCCACGUCCGCACCGUCUCCGACAAGCCGCAGGCGGCCGAUCACGCGCUCAAGCGCCAGGUGAAGCAUUCCGUGGCCUGCGGCGUUGACUGGCUCGUGCUCGUCUCCGAUGACUCCGAUUUCACCGACACUGUGCGGAAAGCGCGCGCCGCCGACUUGAGAACGGUCGUGGUUGGCGAUGGUUGCCGUGCUCUUGGAAGUGUGGCUGACAUUUGGUUGCCAUGGGACCGCGUCGAGAAUGGGGAGGUUGAUGAGGACAUGCUGCGGAAUGGGACACAUAUGGGAUUCAGAGAUGAAGAGGAAGAUGAGCAAGAUGAUGAUGAGUUCAUAGUGGAUUGGGAUACGAGUGAUUUGGAUGGUGUUGUCGAUGACAUUGUCGCGACGAGGACCAAGUUGUUCGGUGCUACAACGAUGUCUGCAUUUGCUGAUGAGGAAAUUAUGGAUGGCAUAUUGGGUGUUGGGAUAAAUGGCGGUGACAUGUUAUGGAGUAGCGACGACGAGGAUGAGGAUGGUUAUUUUUGAGAUUCAUGUAGAUUGACAGGACUUGUGUUGUACUGCUAUCAGCAAACCAAAAGGCAUCAUCGCAUCGACACAAACACAGCUGAAAAAGAACGGCCAUCUUCUAACAUGCAGGCUGCAAAUUCUGAAUAACAUCAUCCUGUUGGGCACUUGGGCUGUAGCUGAAGCUGGAGAAAGAAGCUCAUGGUUUGAGAGUUGGAGAAGCUGGCUGCACAUUUCACAUGAGAAUCGCGUCCAUUUCAAUCAGGCACACAAGGUUACCUUCCAGCUGAUUUCGACGAAGAAACAACUGUAUGAGCAUGUUUGUCGCGGCGAGGAGGUGGCAGCCAUCCGAGUACAAGAAAGUAAUUCCUACCUCUCCUGCCGGAGAAGCUCAGCUAAAAUUGAUUAGAAACACGAGAUGUCGGGAUAGUUCCUGGAUGGCAUUGCUGAACAUGGAUGCACUGACAUGCAUAUCUCGACUAUUAGCUGAUGUAUUGAGUAGAGUAAAGUAUUACACCGAAGGCAAAUUAUCGAGUGCAUGCCACUUUUCUGCUGUAUUCAGACUUUUUCGCUCUUCUGUCUCGCUUCUUUCAA